CACGAACCAAUCACUGUGGCGCUUCGUCACUUUGGGCGGGAGCGUUGUGGGUAGGCGCUAACGUGCAGUAUGGCGGACGAUGGGGAGGGUAGGAGUGCAGCAGCCGACACCGCAGGCGGCCAGGGGACGACGGACGAGACAGAAACGGGCCUCGGACUAGCUGGCAUGCUGCUUGAUAUCACGGUUUUAGUGCUAGUGGCUGUGCUCUGCUAUGCGGUGUACCGGCGAUGGGGGAGACGGAUGGGCUCGGACGCGGCCGAGGGAGGUGAGGCCUCGCCUCUUCCCAAGAUGAGGAGACGGGAUUUCACUUUGCAGCAGCUGGCGGAAUACGACGGCAUCCAGAACCCGCGGAUCCUAAUGGCAGUUAACAUGAAGGUCUUUGACGUGACCAGCGGGAAAAAAUUUUAUGGACCAGACGGCCCGUAUGGGAUCUUCGCGGGUAGAGAUGCCUCCAGGGGUCUGGCCACCUUUUGCUUGGAGAAGGACGCACUAAGGGAUGAGUACGACGACCUGUCAGAUCUGAAUGCCGUGCAGAUGGAGAGCGUGCGCGAGUGGGAGAUGCAGUUCAUGGAGAAGUACGACUACGUGGGCCGGCUGCUGAAACCUGGAGACGAGCCGUCUGAGUACACAGAUGAGGAGGACAUCAAGGAUCACGUGAAGCACGACUAGAGCGCGCACUCCACCAAAGCUCCCCCCUGUGACAGCUGCAGCCGCCUGGCCCCGCCCUCUUCAUCCCCCCCCUCCUUACCUGCUUUCCUCUUGCCCCAACCCCCUCCCAUGAUGCUGCGGGCCUCUGGACACGACCCCCGAGCUCAAACUGCUCUGGUCGUACCCCCGCUGUGGUUGGGGGGGAGGGAGGGGGGCCGGUUGGGGUUUUAAUUAUCAAGAUUAUUGAAAAUGUCUCCUUUUUUGUUCCUCUCUCUGGGUUUUCUUGUUUUUUUUAUGGAGUAGCAUAUCGUUUUUCGUGUCUGUCACGGGUCACAGAAGCGUUGGACUGGUCCUGGGCUGUUGGAGGUUGCUGGGAGAUGGUCCCAAACAUUGGGGGGGGGGUUCCCUGUCAUUGGCACCUCGCACAAUAAUUGGCUCUUGCUUGUCAUUUGCUAAGCUUCCCCAACAUCUCUGGGGUGGAAACCAUCAUCUCAGGCUUGGGGGAGUGUAUUGUCGCCCCCUAGAGGCAGAAUGCAGUUUGUUUUGUUUUUUUUUUACCUGUGUGUCUCUUUGUAUUUGCACGAGUGCCCACACACAGGCCAGUGUUCACUAGAGGUCUUUCAGCUUAUCACCGUGCAGUCGUGCUUAGUGGGGUAGUGUGGUGCCGCUCAGGUGUUCCGAUUCACUUAAUGCUGAGGUCCUGAUCGGUUAUGUAAAGGGAAGGUCACAGGUUCAGCUCUGCUUAGGAGACCACACCCAUUCGGCUGUCCUACAUCACCUGUUUACACGCCACGCUUAUCAGCUGGAAGUCCGUUAUCCCCAAAAACGAUCAAAGUAUUAAUUGUGCCUUAUUUCAGUUUUUUCCUACUAAAACCUGGAUCACUAGGAAGAAAAAUGGGAUUAAAGAGAUUCCCCUUGACAUUCUCGUUGCAACGGGCCAUUCCUGUGUUCGUCAGACUCAAGCUGUGCUCUUGUCAGUCUACAAGACUGGAUGGCUAUUCUGUGUCACCUAUUUGUAUAUAGUCUGUACAGUCUAUAUUCAGUGUUACUGCCAUAUUUAAGUAGUUAAUGAGAUCCAUACUACGGUGUCGUAUUGGCCAAAAUCCCAUGCUUUACGUAGGUUCUUCUCGUUUUAUCUUUAUUUCUGUGUGCUUCUUUUAAAGUGUGGGGAUGUCAGAGGGUCAAAGGUGGACAGGAGGCCCGGGAACCUGUAUAUAAACGUACCAUUUUAUUAAAGCAUGUGUAACAGCGGUGAGCCUAUGCUCAACUCCAGCUCCUUGUAUUUAAGUGUCGGGGGUGUGUGCGUGUGUGUGUGUAUGCGUGCGUGUGUGUGUGUGGAGGAAGGGAUGAUGUUCAUGCAUAAUAAACAGUUUGGAUAUUAA